AUGGCACCUACUAGAAAAUAUCCAUCUGGCUACUUGAAGCGUCAAAGAAAAAGAAAAAUUGAACAAUUGACUCAGUCUCAAAAAGGAGCUAUUGAUAGGUUCUUUCUGAAAGAAAAAGAACCACAAAGUUCAGUGGAUGGUUUAAUUACGGAACAACAGGAUGACAAUGAGCAAUUAGCUAAUGAUUUGGGCAAUGAUGAAAUUGAUGAUGACCUUGAUGAGAAAGAUAAUCAUGAGGAUGCUCCUAUUGUUAGUGGUCAACCGAGUGAGUUCAUUCCCUCAAACAUUUAUGAUCCUCAAAUUUGGGAUAGUCUUGAUCCCAAAUGGAUUGAUUUCUUGGCAAAAAAAGGUCCUGCAAGAGAUCUAUCAAUUGAGAAAGGUCCUAAAGAUCAAUUUAAUAGGCGUUUUAAUGCAGCCUUUUAUACUCGAUACUUAUCCAAUGGAGAGAAACAUGAUAGAGAUUGGCUAGUCUAUUCAAAUGAUGUUGAUAAAGUGUUCUGUUUUUGUUGCAAAUUGUUCAAGAAAGGGCCUCUUAAAGGUCAAUUAGCAAAUGAUGGCUACAGAGAUUGGACACAUCUCAAUGUGAGGCUUAAAGAGCAUGAAAACAAUUUUGAUCACAUCUCGAACAUGACCACUUGGAUUGAUUUGCGUCUUAGAUUGCAGAAAAACGAAACAAUUGACAAAGUUGUACAAGAUCAGAUCAAGAAAGAAAAAGAGCAUUGGAGGGAGUUACUACGAAGGUUGAUCUCCAUUGUGAAAUAUCUAGCUAAAUACACACUAGCUUUUCGUGGAAAUAACGAUAAGCUUUAUCAAGAAAACAACGGAAAUUUUAUGGGCCUAGUUCAAAUGAUGGUUGAAUCUGAUCCAUUGAUAAAGAAUCAUCUUCAACGCUUCCAAAAUAAUGAGAUUCGUUAUCAUUAUCUUAGUCAUACCAUCCAGAAUGAGUUGAUAUUGUUGAUAUCUUGUGAAACCAAAGCUGCAAUCAUUCAAAAAGUCAAAGAAGCUAAAUAUUUUGUUGUGAUACUUGAUUGUACUCCUGAUUUUAGCCACCAAGAACAGAUAACCUUGAUCAUAAGAUGUGUGGAUAUGAACAGUACUCCAGUAAAAGUUGAAGAAUACUUUUUGCAAUAUCUGAUUGUGAAUAACACAUCAGGAGAAUGA